UAUUUUCCUGGUCAAAACCAAUACAAUAGUCACUACUUACCAGAUACGCCAAAACCCUCCAUUUCUGUCGCUCAAACAACUCACAAACCAACAAUGAAAACUCCUCCAUUCUUCUUCUUCUCCAGCAGAAGAAGGGUUUAUUUCUCUCUCCUCAUUAUCUCUUUCUCCAACUUCUUCUUCACCCCAACUUCUUCUCGCAGCAUCUUCCCUUCUUUCCCCUUCUCAUCAUCUUACUCUCAACACUGCGCUCACAUCAUCCCUGAGUCAACGCCCACUCACCCUUUCUUCACCUCCCAAAUUCCUUCCUUUUACAGCGCUUACGUCAUCAAUGGCGAUCAAUUUCUCGGACCCAAUUCCCAAACCACUGCAAAUCUCAUCCCUCAGAAUGUUUUCAACACCUCCUCAAUUGGGGUCUUCAGACUCCAAGCUUCAAUGUCUUUCAGAAUUAAUUGGUCCUGGUAUCGGAAUCGAAGGAAUUUGUUCAAUGUUCGUGGCGGCACCCGGUUUCGGGGUUUUCCCAGGAGUAUGAGGUUUCAGCUUUCUGGGUAUUGGAAUUCAUUAUCUGGGCAACUUUGUUUGGUGGGAUCAGGGACUAAUAGAAGGGUUGCUGGUAAGAUUUUGCAUUUUGAUGUUGUUUUUAAGUCUAUUUAUCCUAGUACUACUGUUAUUAAUUCUAGUUUGAUUACUGGAACUAUGGAGAGCUUGAAUUCUGAGGGUAGUGAGGGUUAUUUUAAGCCUAUUUCAGUUAUGAGUUUUGCUAAGAUUAAUUAUGAAUAUACAUUGAUUAAGAAGGAGAUUCAAGGUGAAGUUGAUAGUGUGGAUGAUAAUAAUGUUGAUACUUCUUUGGUUAAUGUGAUGGGAAGGUCUGGAAGUUGUUAUCAAUUUUCGAACUUAGAGGACUAUUUUGAGUUAGGGUAUAAGAUGGAUUGUGAUGGUAGGAAUUGUAGUUGGAUUGAUGGGGUUCUUGAGUUUUUGCCGAGAUUUAUGUCGUUGAAUGAGAUCGAUUGUUCGGGGCAUAAGAUGGUCCGGGUUUCAUUUGGUUUUUCGAAUGCUAGUGAUAUUCGUAAUGGUUUUCGCCAGCCAUUGGAUCCUUAUAGGACAUUGGUUGCUGAGGGAGCAUGGAAUGCAGGAAAGAAUCAGCUUUUCUUUGUUGCUUGCCGGAUCUUGAAUUUUACAAAGAAUCCAUUGAAUGCUACUAUUGGUGAUUGCUCGGUUAGGAUAAAUUUUACAAUUGCUGAUUCUUUGUCCAUUAGAGAUUCGAGUGUGAUAACUGGGCAUAUUUGGAGCAUCAAGAGUGUAGAUGAACCUGGUUACUUUGAUAAAAUCGAAAUUCAGGCUUCUGGAUCUAGGAGAGCAGCUCUUCCAGACAUGAAAUACAAGUAUACUGAGAUCGAGAGAGCGAAAAAAAUUUGUGAAGAAAAGAGAGGCAGUAAACAGAAAGGAAAGAGUUACCCUGAUCCCUACUCUUCAGAUAUGAAAUUUGACAUGGAAGUGAAAAAUAGCAAGGGAAAGCGAGCCUGGGGAAAGGCCUACCCUGUGUUUGUUGGCGAUCGUUUUGUGCAGGAUAUAUAUCCAUAUUACCAUUCUCGACUGUUACCGAGUCCUAAACCUUCUGUGAAUAAUACUUACCAUGGCUCUCUAAAUGUUGCCUAUCGGAUAAGUUUUUCUCCUAAAGAUGAAUUUAAGGUGGGUGGUAGAUCAUUCUCAAGUAAUGAAACAUUACAGAUAUCUGCUGAAGGGAUAUAUGAUACUGAAGAUGGACACCUUUGUAUGGUAGGCUGUUGGAAUCUUAAAAAUGAUGAAAAUGCAGCCCUGAAUACGAGUAAACUUGAUUGUGAUACUUUUGUCAAUAUUCAUUUCCCUCCCCGUGAUUCGAAGGCUAAAGAAGUAGUAAAGGGGACUAUUGAAAGCAAACGUGAAAAUUCAGACCCUUUGUACUUUGACCAUCUGGAUCUUUCCGCAACUUCACUUACAACAAUCCAAGUAGACCGUGCUUUUUGGAGGAUGGAUUUCGAGAUUACUAUGGUUUUGAUUUCUAACACCCUAGCAUGCAUCUUUGUUGGGUUGCAGCUAUUUCAUGUGAAAAGGAAUCCGGGUGCUCUUCCAUUUAUUUCAGUUGUAAUGCUCGUUGUAAUCACCUUAGGACAUAUGAUUCCCUUGCUUUUGAAUAUGGAAGCAGUUUUCUUGUCUAGUCCGAGCAAGAGAACCAUGCUUUUUGGAAGUGGUGGAUGGCUUGAAGUAAAUGAAGUUUUAGUCAGGGUCAUCACAAUGGUUGUAUUUCUUCUAGAGGUUCGUCUCCUACAAUUGACAUGGUCUGCAAGAGGUGGUGAUGAUGAUAGCACGAAAUCCUUGUGGGAAUGUGAAAAGAAGGUUAUAUAUUACACUUUACCCCUAUAUGCAUUUGGGGCUCUGGUUGCUUGGUUUAUACAACUAUUGAGGGGUUCAUCAAAUGCACCAUUGCGGCAUCUCAGUAUAAACUCAAACCCCUCCCUUCCAUUCUGGCAUGAUAUGAAGUCAUAUGCUGGUUUCAUUCUUGAUGCCUAUCUUCUCCCCCAGAUAAUGUUCAAUGUAUUCUCUGACUCAAAGGAAAGGGCUCUUGCUGUUCCUUACUAUAUAGGGACAACAGUUGUUCGGCUGCUGCCACAUGCUUAUGAUAUGUUCAGGACUCAUAGCUCAACGUCAAGCUUUGAUCCAUGGUACAUAUAUGCAGACCCAAGGAUGAAUUUCUACUCCACUACAUGGGAUAUCCUCAUUUCCUGUUUUGGUUUGCUGUUUGUCACCGUUAUAUUCUUGCAGCAGUGGCUUGGUGGGCGGUGGGUACUUCCAAAGAGAUUUAGCAAAAUUGUCCAAUAUGAAAAAGUGCCUACCGAAUUGCAGAUGGGGGAACAAGUGAUAUGAAGCAAUGUUCAUAACACAUUAAGCUUAGCAUGUUUCGUGGAACUUUUUCGGCCCCUGUUGCUGGGGAAUAUUCAGACCACUUUGAAUACUACAGUCCUGAAUACCAAGGCAAAGUCUGGUAUAAAACUGCUUCACUAUAACAUAUACAUAAUGUGAGACUGGAGCGGUGAAUUCCAUUUUUUGGGAUAAACUUUCUUGCGAUUUUGAGGUGAUUCUCAAUGUCUUAAAAUUAGUGUGAGGCAAUCUCACGGAACACGUAUUUGCUGUACCAGGAGCAUUUGUUGACUACUUGAAGUAGAGAUUUAUAUCAGAUAGUCAUUGUACAAAGUGUUUAGGUUCUUGUUCCUGUGGUUAGGCUUUUGUUGGUC